AUGUAUUUUGAUACAAUAUUUGAAAUCCAAUAUAAUUGUCAAAUAUUUUCAUUUUGUCAUUUAGCUGUUUGCGCUGACAUUUGUCCCAGUAAUCGGACAUCUGAUAUUACUAGCACUUGUGGUCACACCUGUAUUACUGAUGCCAGUAUUGGCAGUCAACAUGUUGGUUCUACCGGCACUUGUGGUAUUAAUUCUACUUAUUGUGCUGGUGGUACUUAUACUAUAACUCGUAAUACUUACAGCGGUGUUAAUUUUGAUUGUAGCGCCUACUAUGGUUGUGGUUCCUAUGGUUGUUGUACUGGUAUUGGUCCUUCUUCCAGUACGAAUGUUUACUGUAUUAAAUGUAAUUAA